ACUGGCUUAAACAUAUGGUGAAGUCAAUAAAUUAUAAACGAUCAUAAACAAAAUAGCAUGGUAACCAAAUAAUUGUAUGAAAUACAGUUACAUGUUAAAUAACUUAUUUAAUAAUUAAAGCAGACCGACGACACAAAAGCGGACAAAUGGAGAAUAAGUCUUACAAGUGCGAUGUAUGUGACAUGUUGUUCUUUGAAAGUAACAAUUUGACGAAACAUCGACGCACACACACUGGUGAAAAACCGUACGCCUGCGAUGUAUGCGAAAAGUCGUUCUCUCAAAGCAACAGUUUGACAAAACAUCGACGCACACACACUGGUGAAAAACCGUACGCCUGCGAUGUAUGCGACAAGUCGUUCUCUCAAAGUGGCCAUUUGACGAAACAUCGACGCACACACACUGGUGAAAAACCGUACGCCUGCGAUGUAUGCGACAAGUCGUUCUCUGAAAGCAACAGUUUGACAAAACAUCGACGCACACACACUGGUGAAAAACCGCACGCCUGCGAUGUAUGCGACAAGUCGUUCUCUGUAAGUGGCAAUUUGAUAACACAUCGACGCACACACACUGGUGAAAAACCGUACGCCUGCGAUGUAUGCGACAAGUCGUUCUCUAUAAGUAGCAAUUUGAUGGUACACAAGCUGACGCACAUGGAAAACUGAUAGCAAAGAUCUAUGAUCCAAAUGCCAUAAUAUUGAAAUAGGUUAAAUCAUGUUAAGAUAUCAUUUUGUAGCACUGUUAAGGUGUUCAAUUUUGUGAUAUAAAUUGUUGUUUCUUGUUACUAAAUUUCUAAUAAUUUGUCAUAAACAUAAAAAAAACUA